GCGCAGGUUAGACAGCUGCAGCCGGACGGAUAGAACUACCUCGUCACCUCGUCACCUCGUCACCUCGUCUCCUCGUCUCCUCGUCUCCUCGUCUCCUCGUCCCCUCCACUCAACCAACUAACUGUCGCUCUUUAUUCAUUUUGCCUGGUUGAUUAACUUUUUUUUAAAACUUUUUGUUUGUUGUGUAUCUUUUUGUGCAUGAACACGAAUAACCCGGGACGCCUUGUAAAGGAAACACUGAUUCCAACAUGGAGAUUGAAAGCAUCAUGGCCAAUAAUACGCUCAUUAAAGCCAGAGAAGGCAGAGGAAGCAGAGGAAGCAGAGGAAGAAGCUGCAAGUGGAAAGACAUGCUGCGCUUCUCCCACAUCAGCCAGUGCAUGGACCUGGACAUAGAGAGAGACUACCUCAGUCUGUGUGUGAAUCAGCCGAUCGGGAAGAAACUGUUUCACCUUUUCUGCCGGAGUCGACCGGACCUGCAGAACAACAUCUCGCUGCUGGACGCUCUGGACGUCUUCGACACAAAGUCGGACGAGGAGAGGAGAGACUUCGGCAUCAGCAUCAUUCAGAGGUUCCUCCAGACUCAGUCCAACCAGCUGGUGUCCGUGGUGCAGCAGCAUGAGCAGAGCUGCAUGCAGAGCCUGGAGCUCAACCCCUGCAUAGACGUCUUCCACGACUGCAGGGAAAGCAUGCAUGAAUACCUCUGUGGAGAGCCGUUCGUCCAGUACCAGGACAGCCUGUUCUUUGACCGCUUCCUGCAGUGGAAGAUGCUGGAGAGGCAGCCCAUCACCAAACAGGCGUUCAGACAGUACAGACUUCUGGGUAAAGGAGGCUUUGGAGAGGUCUGGGCUUGUCAGGUGCGAGCCACAGGAAUGAUGUACGCAUGCAAAAAGCUGCAGAAGACUCACGUGAAGAUGAGGAAAGGAGAAACGAUGGCGCUCAACGAGAAACAGAUCCUGGAAGGCCUGAACAGCAGAUUCGUGGUGAAUCUGGCGUACGCCUACGAGACCAAGCACGCCCUCUGCAUGGUGCUGACUAUGAUGAGCGGCGGCGACUUGAAGUUCCACAUUCACAACGUCGGCGUUCCCGGCCUCGACAAAGACCGCGUGCGCUUCUACGCCGCGGAGGUCUGCUGCGGAUUAAUCCACCUGCACCGGAACUCAAUAUUAUAUCGGGAUCUGAAACCGGAAAACAUUCUGCUGGACGACCACGGUCACAUCCGCAUCUCGGACCUCGGGCUGGCGGUGAGGCUGUCGGAGGGCAGCGUGGUGCGCGGCAUGGUGGGCACGCUGGGAUACAUGGCUCCCGAGGUGAUCGGCCACAAGCACUACGGGACGAGCGUGGACUGGUGGGGCCUCGGCUGCCUGGUCUACGAGAUGACGGCGGGCCAGCCCCCCCUCCGGCUCAAGGGGGAGCACCCCAAACCCUCCGAGAUGGAGCGCCGGAUCCAGAAGGAAGAGCUGGAGUACGGAGACAAGUUCAGCAAGGAGGUGAAGGACCUCUGCUCCUCGCUGCUCACCAAGAACCCCAGAGAGAGGCUCGGCUGCCGGGGGUCCGGAGGCCGAGAAGUCCAGUCGCACCUUUUCUUCCAGAGCAUCAACUUCCGGAUGCUGGAGGCCGGACUCGUGGAGCCGCCCUUCAAACCGGAUCCCAGACUGGUGUACUGCACCGACGUGCACGACAUCGAGGAGUUCUCCUCCGUGAAGGGGGUCAGCCUGGACCAGAGAGACCACGACUUCUACUGCAAGUUCCACUCCGGCAGCAUCCCCAUCACCUGGCAGAACGAGAUGAUUGAGACCAGGUGCUUCAGCGAGCUCAACAUAUUCGGUCCUGAUGGGUCUAGAUCUCCGGACCUGGACUGGUCCCAGAACCCCGAGACCCCCAAACGCAGCCUGCUGGACCGGAUCUUACGGAGACAACAUCAUUCAGAUUCAUCAGACGAAACCAAACAAGGUUUAAUUUCUAGUGAAAACUACACAAAGUCAGGAAUGAUGAGCUCGACGCUCUGAGGAUGGAGGGAUGAGACGGAGGGAUGGAGACGAUGGAGAGAUGAGACAGAGGGAUGGAGACGAUGGAGGUGGAG